UGAUGUUUGAUCGAGAAACAAUUUGUUUUGUCGAUCAGUUCAUAGUGAGGUUCCGGUUGGUGACAAUGAUAGGCAUAUUGGUGAUCGGCGUUGGUUUGGUUCUGUUGUGCAGAAUUUACCUUCACCGAAGGCGCUUUUUGUGUGCCCUGGAAGCUAUACCAGGCUCCAAAGGGUUACCCUUUCUCGGCCAUGUGGUAGAACUGUUACUGUGUAAUACCACAGAUUUACACGAGAAAUUAGAAGCAUGGGUUAAAAAGUAUGGAACCAGAAUUAAGAUCGAUAUGUUCACUAAAAUUUGGAUCCUGCACAGUUCUCCGGAAGAUAUGGAGACAAUCGCCACCAGCAACGAGUUCAACCGUAAAUCGGAUGAUUAUGACGUUUUGCUAGAAUGGUUAGGCAAUGGAAUUCUACUGGAUCAUGGUGCAAGUUGGUUCGCCAACCGAAAGGCACUGACGGAUGCAUUUCACUUCAAAGUAUUGGAGAAUUUCAUUCCCGCUUCCCAAGAGCAGUCGGAAAUUCUAUCAAAAAAGUUAUUAGGCUUCGAAGGUCAAACGAUUGACAUUUUUCCCAUCAUGAAGUUGUAUACGUUGGAUGUGAUUCUGGAAACGGCGAUGGGUGUCACAUGCAGCGCUCAGUUGAACGACUCAGACUAUGUUCGCGCGGUCGCCGGCUUAUGUCACAUAACGUACUGGAGAAUGUUCAAUUUAAUGGGCUUUUCCGAUGCCACGUUUAGAUUUACAAAGUAUUACAGACCUUACCAAGAAAUGUUGAAGGUCAGCAAUGAUUUUACGAUGGAAGUAAUCACAAGAAGGCGUAAAGAACUUGACAACAGCAGGUCACAGAGCACUAGAAACAGUGCCGAUGAAGAUCGGAAGAAAAGAAUAGCCUUGUUAGACAAAUUACUUGAAAUGGAAGUGAACGGCAGGAAACUGAAUGAUGAGGAGAUAAAGUGCCAAGUCAACAAUUUCAUGUUUGCGGGCCAUGACACGACUUCGAGUGCUCUGACAUUUAUCACGUACUUACUGGCCAAACAUCCCGAUGUACAGGAGAAGCUGCAUCAUGAAAUCACAACCGUACUUGGAAGUACGAUUCCGCCACUCACCACCAGUUUACUAAACCAGCUCAAAUACAUGGAUGCGGUGAUCAAGGAAUCGUUGAGAGUUUACUCUCCAGUACCGUAUUUCUCUCGUACGAUUGAUAAAGAAAUUGUACUGUCCGGUGUUCGCUAUCCAGCGGGAACGACCAUUUCGUGUGGAGUAUAUUUCAUGCAUCGUAAUCCGAACUACUUUCCCGAUCCGUUGUGUUUUAAGCCGGAACGAUUUGACACUGGUGUGAACAAAGAUAGAAGGAACCCCUACGUGUACAUUCCUUUCAGUGCCGGUAGUCGGAACUGUAUCGGUCAAAAGUUUGCAAUGAACGAAAUUAAAGUUGCGUUACUCUACAUUGUGCUGCGAUGUCGUUUCGAGUUAGAGAAUCCAGAGUACGAACCAAGAGUGAAGGCAGAGUUAGUUCUGAAGCCAGCAGGACGUAUGCCGAUUCGAUUUUUACCUAGAUCAGUAGAUAGUGUGACUGCAGGAAACUGUUGAACGGUAACUUAAUGAUAGAAACGAUUGUUUUUUGUCGUUUAAGGUUCGGAGGAAAUCUGUAAAUUUUUAAGAACAUGGAAUUGUACAAAUACGUUAUUCAUAACAAUAAAUUGAAUAAAAAUUGUA